AUGGCCGACUUUCUCACAGCCGUAUCCACCAGGAAAGUCAAAAAGGAAGAAUCUCUCAUUCAGGAAGUCAAGAGCUUGAGCAUACAAGAAGAUGCAGUUGCCAUCAACUCCACAGAAUCGGCACUGGAGGCACUCAAGAACCAACCCAGCCGCAACACCGUGAAUGCCGUUCUGAGCUAUCUUACCACUGAAGGGUUCAGCCUCCUACUACCAGAACCACUAAACGCAAGCAUCGCGCAUCAACUCAUCAACGACACCAUUCCGAACUACUGGAGAACUAUCAAGGACGCCAACGAAGUUAUAAAGCUCGAGAAGAUACUCCGAAACCCAACAUGUCUUGGACAUCUUAACACGAGGCUUCGAUCGCUAGUUGCAGAUACUCACCAAAAGAAGGCACCGGGCGAAGCGAGAAACACGGCUGAGCACAUUGCGGAUGCUCUCCAAGUCUUAAGUCUGGUGUUAAGCCGCGACGAAACAUCCCAUCUCGUGUUGCAAGACGUUUUAGCGUUUGGGAAAACCCCAACACAAAGAAAACUCAUCUGGAGAGAGUACAUCACGCAGGUUGCUUCCGGUCGAUUACUAUCAAUGGCAGCAGAGGCUGAGGAUGUACUCAAGAAGAGUGAUGAGGCUCACCAAGACACAAGUUGGGUCGCGGAUGGCAAGCAGUAUGCAGCGUGGCUGGGACGCAACAUCGCUGUCUCGCUCGAGCGCAACUCAAAUAACGAGGAGUAUCUUGCCGCCAUUAUUGAGUUAUGUUCGAAGUCGCUAGGAUUGGGUUACACCGAUCAUAUCAUGAGAGCCCUUGUUCCGACAUUGAUUGGUAGCGGGGCCAUUGAGCGCCUGACCAAUCUUUUGUCCCAGAUGAAAACGUUCGAGCAACGGAAGUAUCUCAAUGCUGUAGUCGCUUUCGUGGCCAAGAAGUAUUUCUCUACGGAAACUAUUAGUAAAGACGAUGCCCCCGUUGCAACCUCUGUCAACAUAUCAUCUGCCGCCGCCCUGUUUCACAAGCUCAUCAAGGACAAUGACGUCCUAAAAGAGCAGCUCGUGACAUCACUUACGCGGUCAACAGUUCCUGCACUUGAUGACUCCCUAUCAGCCAGGCGAAGUGUUCUAGCUGCUUUUGCCAAAGACGAGGACAAGCUAUAUACUCUUCUGGAGGGUCUCAUAAAGAUGUUUGGCGAUUCAGUAUACAUCAGGCACACGCCUGUGCUGCAACAAGAAGCUCUUUCUCAGACCUUGGCCAUAUGCAGUGGCUAUGUAAAGCGUUCCCAGCCCAUGUUCCUCACCAUGAUGGCAAAGUCAACCCAUCACGUCAAUGGCAUGUCAAAUCGCAUAGGAGCGGCAUCUGCAAGGGCUCGCUUCCUAGGUAUCGCAGUUGGUGUUGCUAUCUCGAAGAUGGUGGACAAACCAGAACUUCAGCUUAAGUUCGAGUUGGAGGGUGCUGAGGCAGAAGAAGCGAGCUGGUAUCAACGCCUUACUGAGGUUGACGAUAAGAUUGGAGAAGUCACGAAUCUUGCGGCUAAACAGGAUAUCGUGGCAAAAACGAAGAGAAUCCAGUCGAAGCCCAAGCCGCCUCCCAAGGUAUCCAAAGCUUCUGGAAUUACCGAGAUACAAGGCCCAAGGGUUGUGGAAGUCUUGUCCGAGUCCGAGGAUGAGGAUACAGAUCUGAUGGUGUACGAAAAGCCAGACUCCGAUCCAGAAGACGAUACAGACGAUGCGACGGCUAUAAAUCGUAACAAGCCCACCGCGCCCGUCUACAUCCGAGACCUUAUAACAGGGCUGCGUGAUCAAGAAAACUACGAUCGCCACGAACUCGCUUUAGCUACUGCAGCAUCAUUGAUCCGACGGAAAGCGAACUUUGGAACUGAAGUCAUCGAUCAUCUCGAAGAAUUAGCCACUUUGCUUACGGGAUUGCAAGACAACUCGGAGCUUGAAGGUUUCGCGCAGCAACGGCAGCAGGCCUUAAUUGCCGUGCUCCUGGCGAAACCAGCGCAAAUGGCUCAAUGGUUUGCUCGAUCGUUCUUCUCAGGCGACUACAGUCUACAGCAACGCAUCGCCAUGCUCACGACUCUCGGCCUGGGAGCGCGUGAGUUGGCGGGCAUGAAGGACACAUCGACCGACGAUUUGGUGCCUGCAAAGCCGGACUUUCCUAGCAAGCAGCUUCCGCCACACCUCCACGAAAUGUAUGCCGAGGAGAACAAGGCGCCUACAGUAGCCAAGAUCUCAAGCAGCAUGGUGCGUGAGAUGCUAUCGCCUAUGGCUAGUCAAGCAGCCGAUCAGCUCAGCGGCCCGAACAUACUCAAAGUCCGAACCUUCUCCUCGCGCAUGGAAGUCGAGAAGAAGCGGCAUAAGCCAAUACCUAACGCGCUUGCGCAAAUCGUGGCAGAUAACUUCUUCUUCCCACUCACGGGCCGUUGGUGGCUGCAGAUUCGCGCGAACAACGACUCGAUAUACGCGUCUACUCACCUUCUCCCACCCUUUCUGCAGACUCUGUCAUUGUUGCUCAACGCGUCGGGCCCGAACACGCUCGCGUUGCCGCAGAUGACGCGCGAGUAUUGGGAUCUGCUACUGUCGGUGCGCGGACUGGCGAGUAAGGACAAGAAUAUCCUGAACGCGGUUUUAUUCGGGUUCCUGAUGUUAUUGGAGACGAACGAGAACAAGGAGCGAGUGGCUACGGAGCAAGGCAAGGAGCUUAUGGAGACGCAGGCCUGGGUGAGGAUGGUCUUCGAGGGUCUAGGGGCGGGGAGCGAGGAGGACGAGAGGGUGCGCGUGUUGGCUGCUGGCGUGGUGGUUCGUUGCCAGGAGGUGAUUGAGAAGUAUCAGAGGAGGUUGGCGGGUGAACUGAUGAAUUAUUAG